ACAGGAAAAAAAUGAAACAAGACAAUUGUAUGAGGAACUUCAUAGCGACAUAGAAAGAAUGACAGUGGCAUUUGAAAAGCUUCAUAUGCAAGCAGAGAAGGACAGAUUGGAAAAGAGCAUCAAAUUAAAAGAAGAAGCAGAAAAGGUGGACAAGUUUGAACAGGAAUGCAAACUGGAAGUCAGUCAGAAGGAAAAGCAGAUUUCAGCUAUUACCAUACAGAGAGAUGAAAAAGAUGGUGUAAUAGAAGACAUCAAGGCUCAGCUGAAGGCGUCACAAAAUAAGAUUGCUGACUUAAUAGAAGCAAAAUUACGUGAAGAAGAAAUGUUAAAGGAAUCCCAGGCCAGUCAAGAACAUUUGAGGGCAGAGCUGGAAGAGGCUAAAAUUUCACUGCAAAAAGCAGAGGUCACUGGAGAAAAGGAAGCACAGGAGGAAGAAUGUAAAAAAAUGGAAGCUUUGCUUGCAGCCCUGACAGAGGAGUUUGAGACUUCUACUGCCAAUUUGAAAAGCUUACUGCAAAAGGAGCAAAAUAGAUUAAAGGAAUAUGAAGACAAGUCAAAGCUGCUUACCUUGGAGCUCCAAAAUAAGUCUGCUGAGCUGGAGGAGAUGACUAAAGUAAAAUGUGACAAAGAAGUGCAACUUGAAGAGCUGUCAGAAACUCUGAAAGAAAUCCAUGAUUUGAAAGUACAGCUGAAAAGGAACAAGAUUAUUUAAACCAGCUUUUGACUCUGAAAACAGAUCUUGAACAAGAGGAGUAUGACCAUUUUGAAAAUACAGUGUUUAAUUUUUUUUGGUGUUAUAUAGAAGUUA